AUCUGAAAAAACUAAUUCGUUAUCCAACAAACUGUACAUUCCACAAAAUAACCCAAUGAACUUCACCAAAACCCAAAAUUUUCAGUGAACAUUCAAUAAUUGUUUCAAGAACAUACCCAAUUUGGGAAAUUAGCUCUAAAAUUCAUCAAAAUAAUUUUGGGUCUUCAAUCUUUAUCACCAAUAGCCAACUACGUUGGCCUCUUUAGGGCUUUUUUCAGAGUUAAAAAUGGGUCGCUCUCGUGGAAAUUUCCAGGCUGAUGAAGAUCCCAGCCAAAGAUCAAGGAGGAAAAAGAAUGCCUCAAGUGGAGAAAAUUUAGAAUCUGUGACUGUUGGCCAAGGGACGGGUGAAGGCAAAAGGGCCUUGUAUCACUGCAAUUAUUGCAACAAAGAUAUCAGCGGGAGAAUUCGUAUAAAAUGUGGUGUCUGUUCUGAUUUUGACCUAUGUAUAGAGUGCUUUUCGGUUGGUGCUGAGGUGCAGCCUCACAAGAGCCAUCACCCCUAUAGAGUUAUGGACAUCUUAUCUUUCCCGCUUAUCUGCCCGGACUGGAAUGCUGAUGAAGAGAUGUUGCUUCUGGAGGGACUUGAAAUGUAUGGCAUGGGUAAUUGGGCAGAAGUUGGUGAGCAUGUCGGAACAAAGACAAAAGAAGCCUGCGUCGAACAUUUUAAGAGCGCAUACUUAGAGUCACCUUACUUUCCUCUGCCGGAUAUGACUCAUGUCAUUGGGAAAAACAGAAAGGAACUCCUUGCCAUGGCUAAAGGGAAUUUCACAGAUAAGAAAGGACUCUCCUCACUUGGUGAAGUUGUUCCUAAAGAUGAAUCAUUCUCCCCAUCUAGAGUCAAAGUUGAAGACUCGCAUAAAAAUGGUCCUUUAGGCCGCUUAAAUUCUAUAUCCAAUGCGGGAACCACAGGCAUUAAUAAACCAUCCAGCAAAGCGCAAGCCAAAGACCAAAAUGUACCUGUAAAACUGGAAGAUAAUCAUCCGGGCAGAAAUUUUGGAGGCAAGAAACCUAAAUCUUUGAAGGAUGAUGGAUCCUCGUUGAUGAAAUUAAGUGGAUAUAACGCCAAAAGGCAAGAAUUUGAUCCUGAAUAUGAUAAUGAUGCGGAGCAACUAUUGGCUGAUAUGGAAUUCAAGGAAACUGAAACUGAAGAGGAGCGCGAACUUAAGUUGCGUGUUCUGCGUAUCUAUGGCAAGAGGCUUGAUGAAAGAAAGCGCCGCAAGGAUUUUAUUCUAGAGAGGAAUUUACUCCAGCCAAGUGAAUUUGAGAAGGAUUUAUCUCCAGAAGAGAGAGAUAUAUGCCGACGUUAUGAUGCCAUUAUGCGCUUCCUCUCCAAGGAGGAGCAUGAAGAAUUACUCAAGACUGUGGUCUCAGAACAUAGAUUUCUGAAAAGAAUACAAGAACUCAAGGAAGCAAGAGCUGCUGGUUGUCGUUCUUCUGCUGAAGUUGAAAGAUACAUAGAAAGGAAAAGGAAGAGGGAAGUUGAAGAAGGCGUUCCCAGAAAAGAAAGUUCUCAGAUUGGUCCAACAAGCCAGGAGAGCUGUCAGGGCAAUUUGAGUUCCAUCACCGAUUCGGGCAUUGCAGCUUUUUCUGCAGGAGAACUGUUAUCAGAACCUGAGAAACAACUAUGCCGAGAAAUCAGGAUACCACCUCAACAUUAUCUUAGGAUGCAGGAAGUCCUUACAAUACAAAUUUUUAGUGGCAAUAUCACAAGAAAAUCUGAUGCUUAUCCUUUGUUCCAAAUAGAAGCAACUAAAGUAGAUAGAGUUUAUGAUAUGCUUUUGAAAAAGGGAGUUGCACCCUUGUGAAAUUUUGGCUAGACAUUAUUCUUUCUAGUUUAAAUGACAUCUCCCAAUGUUUAUCAUC